AUGAUCAAUAUCCUGUCAAUUUGGCCUUGGGUUAGACUAAUCAUAGUCAACGUUUUCAUUCUUGGCUGUAUUCGAUGCGAUAUUAAUUGGAAUGAAAAUAAUUCGGCCUUAGCAUGUGAUUUUCUUGGUAAUGAUUUGUCUAAUGUUCGUAUUGAAUCAGAACUUUGUCGUGGACAAUGUGCUCAAACUUCAGGAUGUACUCACUAUACAUGGACUAUAUAUAGUGAUGGCACUUGUUGGAUGAAAUCUGGUCCCGUUUCCAAAAGUGAUGCAAUCUAUACCAAUGAUACAAGUAUGGUCUGUGGUAUAAUGGAUAAUGCUCCAGAAAGUGGCAUCCAGUGGAACGCAAAUAAUUCGGCCUCAGCAUGUUAUUUUCGUGGGAAUGAUAUGUCUAAUGUUCUUAUUGCAUCAGACCUUUGUGCUGGACAAUGUGCUCAAACUUCAGGAUGUACUCACUUUGUAUGGUCUACAUAUAUGGGUGGUACUUGUUGGAUGAAAUCUGGUGUGGUUUCCAAAAGUGAUGCCAUCCAUACUGGUGAUACAAAUAUGGUCUGUGGUCUAGUAAUUGCCUCUUCAACAGGUGCAGUUGCUGAAACUACCACUCCAUCCGGAAAUUGCUGCAAGCCUGGGUGUGGUGUGGGUGUGGUGUGGGUGUGGAUGUGUGUGGUAUGGGUAUUGGUGUGAUGUGUGGGUGUAUUAUUUUUAUUAAAAUUUUUAGAGAAGUAGCUGUUUUCUCUAUUUAUCAGAGGAAACUUUUUCUUCUUCUUUUCGACCAAUGCCUCUCGAUAUUAAUAUGAAGAACAAAAAAGGAAAAUUUUUUUAUUUGUUUUUGUAAAUUUUAUUGUUGACUAGUUUUCGCGAACUUUAAGAAGAUGUCUCUUCAGGAUUUGCAAAACCAUACAGGUAACGUUCAUCAACAUCGAAUAUUAAUUUACUGAGUCCUAGACUGACGAAAUGAUGAGAAAGAUAUCCUUAUAUUUCGCAUAAAAAUGAAUUCUGUACAAUGAUCACUAUAAUAGCAAUUAUUCAUAAUUUUAACAUGUUCUAUAUUGCAUACUAUAGAUACAUUCAAACAGUUGACAUAAAAUAUUGAAAGAUGCUUAUAUAUAUGAUAAAGAUUAUGCUUUACUUGAUUAUAACAAAUAAAAACGAUGAUUUAUCCCAUAGAAAUGGCUAUUUCUACCAUUUACUUGGCCAAUUGUGACACAGACGUGCUCAUUUGAGCCAUAAGAAUGGCCAAUUGUGCCAUGGUAAUCGUUGAUUGUGCCGUGCAAAAGGUGAAUUGAGCCACUAAAACAGUCAUUUGUAUAAUGAACAUGCACAAUUGUGCCGCCGAAAUGGUAAUCUGCGUCAAAAAAAGGGUCAGUUGUGCCACAGAAGUGGUCAUUCAUGCCACAAAAUUGAUCAUUUGUGCCAAAAAUGGCCAUUUGCACCAUGAGAAUGUUCAUUCGUGUCACAGAAACGGCCAUUUAUGCCACCUAAAUGCUCAAUUGUGCCAAAAAACUGGUCAAUUAGGCCAUCGAAGUGGUAUUUUGUGCCAUGAAAAUGGCCAAUUGAGUCAUAAAAGCGGUCAUUUGUGCCAUAAAAACGAUCACCGAUGCCAUAAACAUGGUCAUUUAUGCCUUACAAGUGGUCAUCUAUACCAUAAAAAUGAUCAUUUCGGCCAUGCAAAGGGUCAUUUGUGCUAAGUCUUACUUACACAUAGACAGAGGUGAAAUACGAUUACGAAAGCCUAGCCUUUCACUAUACGGCAAUAAAAAAAUGCAUAUAAAUACAUCUUGAUGCACAAAUAAAAGAAAAGAAAAGAAAAGGAACUAGGGAUGCACCAAAUUCAACUCCAAAUCCAAUUCUUUGUUUGGAUUUGACUAGAUUUUCAUUUGGGUUUGACUGCAUUUGGAUUUGGUGCAUGCCUGAAAGGAACCAUUGAGGCCCGAAGGACCACUUCAGAGGUUCAGAAAAAAACAACAAAAUUCUACCAAUAAAGAAAACCAGAAAACCUUUCUGAGCCCCAAAAGGCCUCAAACAAUCGAAAAGCCAUCCUGAGUCGUAACGGGACUUCAACUUGGAAAGAAUCUUCCUCGGGGCUUGUAAGCUAUCCAGAGGAGAAAAGCCUCAAUCUCCUAUUUCAUC